CCAGUCACCAUUGAAGGGGCGAAGAGGGUUGUGUACAGUAGUGGUAGUGGUGGUGGUGAUGAUACUGGUGGUGAUGUAUUGGUGAUGACGAUGGUAGUGGUGAUGGAGGUGACAGUUUUUGAAGUUGAUUGGAGUUGAUACAGUAUUGUCGGGAAAAGCUUCAGAACUUCGAGGCUUCAGAAACUCUACGAAAGCUUCACAUCUGCUUCAUUCCACUCACGAACCAGACAUAGAAAGAAGCGACGGAUGACUGUGAGGUCAGCGGGCGCCGAGGCGGGGUGAGACGCGGCCGGUGAUUGGACGCCACGGCAGCUGCGCCCACGCUGAUUGGCUGGCGGGCGUGGGCUGGUGGGGAGGCCGGGGGGGCAGCUGGGGGCCGUGCUGACACCCAGACCCACGGCGGGGGGCGGACCGGGGGCUGCGUGAGGGCUGAGGGCGGCGGCGGAGGCGGUGGGCAGGUACGCGGCCCCCUGCGUGGUGUGUGUGUACCUGCGGCCGCCUCGCGCGGGGCCGCCGCACGCAGGCCCGCCAGUGUGCCGCGGAGGGCCCCGGCGCGAGGAGCAGUAGUGUGUGCGUGGCGGCGGCCGGCGCUAGGGAUGGUGCGUGUGUCGUGCAGCAGUAGCGGUCAGGCCCAGCCGGGAGUAUAAUGUGAGCCCUGAGCCCCUCGCCGCCCUGCGCCCCGCCCCUGCCCCGCCAUGGCCAGCUCCGUGUGUGUGUCCUCCGUGCUGCUGCUGCUGGCCACGCUGGCGGGCGCCACCGAGGGCGAGACGGCCAAGGAGUCGCGCUGCGAGGAGAUCACCAUCCCCAUGUGCCGCGGCAUCGGCUACAACAACACGUCCAUGCCCAACCAGUUCAACCACGACAGCCAGGAGGAGGCGGGCCUCGAGGUGCACCAGUUCUGGCCGCUCGUCGAAAUUCUGUGCUCGCCCGACCUCAAGUUCUUCCUGUGCUCCGUGUACGCGCCCAUCUGCAUCGACGACUACGACAAGCCGCUGCCCGCCUGCCGCAGCGUGUGCGAGCGGGCCAAGGCGGGCUGCGCGCCCAUCAUGCACCAGUACGGCUUCGAGUGGCCGGAGCGCAUGGACUGCUCCAAGCUGCCUGAGUACGGCGACUCGGACCACCUGUGCAUGGACAAGAGCAAUGGCUCGGCGCCGGAGCGCAAGACCACCAAGAUGUCCACCACGUCCCUGGACAAGGAGUGCGAGGGCAAGAACUCCCGCUACUGCCCCAAGGCGGCGCAGGACGCGUGCCAGUGCUCGUGCAAGCUGCCGCUGGUGCAGCCCGACGCCGCCUACCGCCAGUUCGGGCGCAGCAACAACCAGUCGUUCAGCGUCGGGCCCGUGGCGGACUGUGCGCUGCCCUGCCACGCCGCCUACUUCAGCUCCGAGGAGCGCACCUUCGCGGGCGUGUGGAUCACCACGUGGGCGGUGCUGUGCGGCGUGUCGACGCUCACCACCAUCACCACCUUCCUCAUCGACAUGGACCGCUUCAAGUACCCCGAGCGCCCCAUCAUCUUCCUGAGCGGCUGCUACUUCAUGGUGUCGCUGGGCUACGUGAUCCGCCUGGCCGCCGGGCACGACGACGUGGCCUGCGACGGCAGCAUGAUCAUCUACAACUACCACCUGGUGCGCCACAACCCACACGACUCGGGCCUCUGCACCACCGUGUUCCUGCUCGUCUACUUCUUCGGCAUGGCGUCCAGCAUCUGGUGGGUGGUGCUGGCCUUCACCUGGUUCCUGGCGGCGGGCCUCAAGUGGGGCAACGAGGCCAUCGCCGGCUACUCCACCUGGUUCCACCUGGCGGCCUGGCUCAUCCCCACCGUGCAGAGCAUCGCCGUGCUCAUGACGGCCGCCGUGGACGGGGACGCCGUGGCCGGCAUCUGCUACGUCGGCAACCAGAACCUGACCAACCUGCGCGGCUUCGUGCUGGCGCCGCUCUUCCUCUACCUGCUGCUGGGCUCCUGCUUCCUGCUGGCGGGCUUCGUCAGCCUGUUCCGCAUCCGGAACGUGAUCAAGCAGCAGGGCCGCACCAAGACGGAGAAGCUGGAGAAGCUGAUGAUCCGCAUCGGCGUGUUCAGCGUCCUCUACACCGUGCCCGCCACCAUCGUCAUCGGCUGCUACUUCUACGAGCAGCUCUACAUGGACCGCUGGCAGGAGGCGUUGGUGUGCCCGUGCAGCCCCUACCGCGGCGAGCGGCCCGACUACUCGGUGCUCAUGCUGCGCUACUUCAUGACGCUGGUGGUGGGCAUCACGGCCGGCUUCUGGAUCUGGUCCGGCAAGACGCUGGGCUCCUGGCGCCGCUUCUACCGCCGCCUGUGUCCCGCCGCCCACGGCCACACCUACGACUACCCCACGCGGCCCAUCAAGCAGUCCGCGGCGCCCUCGUGCGGCUCCUUCCCGCCGCCGCCGCUCAGCGCGCAGGGCACCGCCGCCAGCGUGGCCUCCCACCUGGGGCCCGUCAGCAAGACGCUGCCGCUGUCCCACGUAUGACAGGAGCGGGAGGAGGCGGGGCGGGGCGGGGGGGCCCCGAGCACCGCGGGGGGCGGCCCGCCCAGCCUGGCGCCCUCCGCCCCCCCCAGCGUCACCUCCCCGCACGUGUACGUGGACCCCCGCCACGACCUGCUGCCCUACGA